UCAUCAUCUACCCCUGCACGGUGCUCCGAAUCGUCUCUGCGCGCGUAAGGUCGACGAUAAUCCUAGUGUGCGGCACAUAAGAAGUUGUAUCAGCCUCCCGAUGUCACAGACAUCCUCUUUCUCGCAAAGGAAGUCGCAGGAACCGGACAUCGAGUCGGAGCUAUGGGACGUACCCAACAUCCUCCUCUACCUCUUCCCCGACUCCUGCCUUCCCCUUCCUGCCUCGGAAAUUCUCCGUGGACUCAGUUCCGGCCCAGAACCCGAAUUCAGCGGUCAACAAUGGGUCGCUUGUUCGAUCCUGGCCAAACCCAAGGACACGGCUCUCGCGCAGUUCCUCAACCAUCUGGGGGACGCGAUUCUGGGGACGUUCGAGAACAAUGGAAUCAGUACCCCGAGUUUGCGGAUGGGAUGGGUAGCUCGAACGGCCAGCAACUCUCAAGCGGCCGAGGGACUCGAAGAGGAUGAAGGGCUUGCGCCCAUCGGCCAGUGGGUUGACCUCGUGUCCACUGAUCCAGACCGACACAACCACGAAGAGAAAGACGUAAUAGUCUGUGGAGUGCUUCCCGGAGUCAAUGCUGCGCGGGGAGGCCUCGACGAAGCGAUAGAUGGGGCAUCCCAUAUAUUCGCAACCCAAGACGGCCGGCAAUUUGUCAUCUCCCUGAUCUUCGACGCGUGCUCCAUCCGAGUCUGCGUGUUGGACCGUGUGGGGGUGGUGGUAUCCAAGGCCUUUGACAUAAACACGCAUCCCGAAUCAUUCGUGCGCGUACUAGCUGCGCUCAUGUUCACCAACGACCGUGGCGUGCUCGGCUUCGAUACGUCCAUUACAUCUGAAGCCGACGGGAGACGCUUCAUCAGCGCUGAUGGGGCACGCUACGAGCUAGUAAAGCCAUUGUUUCUCGACCAGACGGUUUGCGGGCGGGGCACUGUCUGCUGGCAUGCCAAGCGUGAAUCCGACGGGAGGGAUUUCGUGAUCAAGGAUACCUGGCCCUUGAACUCCCUCACCCGCGCCGAAACAAAUCUCUUGCGGAAAGCGAGCGGUAUCCCAGGGAUCGUGCAAGUCGUUGCUGAGUGCGACGUUGCAGUGAAGGGGAUCGCUCACUCAACUGCCCGCCUCCGCGAUCACAUCUUGGAACAUCUCAAAGGCGAUUCGGGGAAGCGAUUCACGGUCUUGAUCGACAAGAUGGAGACGAGGAUACAUCAUCGCGUGGUGAUGACUCCGUUAGGUGUCAAGCUCGAGGAAUUCUCCAGUCUCAGAGAGCUCAUCUCGGUCUUCAUCGACACCGUUCAAGCACACUCGGACCUGGUGGAGCGUCAAAUUCUUCAUUGCGAUGCCAGCAUUGGCAACAUCGUCAUCGUCAGGUCUCCAUCAGGAAACCCAGCGGCGCUCGGUUGCGGGUUUCUCAUCGACAUGGACAAUGCGAGGAUGAUGGAUGAAGGCGUUAAACGACCAGUCAAGCAUCGCACGGGCACCCAGGAAUUCAUGUCACGUUCAGUGUUGAUGUGGGGCGAUGAAGACUGCUUCGUCCACGAGCCCAGACACGAUCUUGAAUCUUUCUUCCUCGUGUUCCUCUGGAUUUGCUGGCAUUACGCGGGUCCCUGCGGCAUCUUCCGCCAGAACUUCGACCUCUCGGAAAUCCCUGCGCUCGGGAAUUGGGCAGACGGCGAGUGGGAGGACAUCGCCCGAUGCCGAAACGCCGUGAUCACAAAGAAGGGGCUGUGGCGGACGAGAGCACUGGAUAACUUUGCGCCGUACUUUGCGCCGCUGAAGCCCCUCGCCACAGAGUGGAAAGAGCUCGUCAGAACGUCGCGAGAGCCGGGACAACAAGUGGAGUGCCUGCUCACGCAUGCAGCUGUCAUUGCCGUGCUCCGCAAGGCCCUGGACUCUCUCCCUGAAACUGAAACUUGGUCGAUGGAUGAUGAUCCAGCGGGAUAUGGUCUGGAGGAUCCUACCCAGGAAACGGGGGCUGUCUCCGCCGAAUCGAUGUCUCUGAAAAGAGUGCGGAAAGCGGAUGAGUGGGACACCGAAUUUCCGUUUUCGCCGUGCAAGCGCGCGCGGAAAUGUCAUGCCAGUCUUCCUACAAUUCGUAGGACCCGUUGCCCUGCGACAAAAUAA